CGGCGUGCUUCCAUCUGCCGACGGCGCCGGCUUCUGGCGCCAUUUUGCUCCGCCGAGAGGCCCUAAGAUGGCGGCGAGGGAGAGGGUGAAGGUUGCCAUCCACCCGGCAGGUCUGUGAUCAGCUGUCUCUCCCUGUCUCCCGACAGCCGGUCCAUGGCCUGGCGGAGGCCCAAACCAUGGACCUCCGCACCGCCGUGUACAAUGCCGCGCGCGACGGCAAGCUGCAGCUGCUCCAGAAGCUGCUUAGCGGCCGGAGCCGGGAGGAGCUGGACGAGCUAACCGGCGAGGCGGCUGGCGGGGGUACGCCGCUGCUCAUCGCCGCCCGCUACGGCCACCUGGACGUGGUGGAGUACCUGGUGGACCGCUGCGGCGUUAGUGUGGAGGCUGGUGGCUCGGUACAUUUUGACGGGGAGACCAUCGAGGGCGCGCCGCCGUUGUGGGCUGCCUCCGCCGCCGGCCACCUGGACGUGGUCCGGAGCCUGCUGAGCCGCGGGGCCUCGGUGAACCGCACCACGCGCACUAACUCCACGCCCCUUCGUGCAGCCUGCUUUGACGGGCACCUCGAGGUGGUGCGUUACCUGGUGGGCGAGCACCAGGCCGACUUGGAGGUGGCCAACCGGCACGGGCACACCUGCCUUAUGAUUUCCUGCUACAAGGGCCACCGUGAGAUCGCCCGUUACCUGCUGGAGCAGGGAGCUCAGGUGAACCGGCGCAGCGCCAAGGGCAACACCGCCCUGCACGACUGCGCCGAGUCUGGCAGCCUGGAGAUCUUGCAGCUGCUGCUGGGCUGCAACGCCCGCAUGGAACGCGAUGGCUAUGGCAUGACCCCGCUGCUUGCUGCCAGCGUGACAGGACACACCAACAUCGUGGAGUACCUCAUCCAGGAGCAACCUGGCCAGGAGCAGGCUGCCGGGGGAGAAGGCCCUUCCCGCAGCCAGGGGUGUGUGCAGUCUCAGGGGGCUCAAUGUCACAGUUCCUCCCCGGAUGAACCACCAAACGGUGAAUCUUAUGAAAGCUGCUGCCCCACCAGCAGAGAAGCUGCCGUGGAAGCCUUGGAAUUGCUGGGAGCCACAUAUGUGGAUAAAAAGCGAGAUCUGCUUGGGGCCCUCAAACACUGGAGACGGGCCAUGGAGCUGCGUCAUCAGGGGGGCGAGUACCUGCCCAAACCAGAACCCCAGCAGCUAGUCCUGGCCUAUGACUAUUCCAGGGAGGUGAACACUACUGAGGAAUUGGAAGCCCUGAUAACCGACCCGGAUGAAAUGCGCAUGCAGGCCCUGUUGAUCCGGGAGCGUAUCCUAGGCCCCUCUCACCCAGAUACUUCCUAUUACAUCCGUUACAGGGGUGCGGUAUACGCUGACUCUGGCAAUUUUGAGCGCUGCAUCCGCUUGUGGAAGUAUGCCCUGGAUAUGCAGCAGAACAACCUGGAGCCUCUGAGCCCCAUGACCGCCAGCAGUUUUCUCUCCUUUGCGGAACUCUUCUCUUACGUGCUACAGGACCGGUCUGCCAAGGGAGGCCUGGGCACACAGAUCGGCUUUGCAGAUCUCAUGGGAGUGCUCAGCAAAGGUGUCCGGGAAGUGGAACGGGCCCUACAGAUGCCUAAAGAACCUGGGGACUCAGCCCAGUUUACCAAGGCUCUGGCCAUUAUCCUCCACCUGCUCUACUUGUUGGAGAAAGUGGAAUGCACACCCAGCCAGGAACACAUGAAGCACCAGACCAUCUACCGCCUACUCAAGUGUGCUCCCCGUGGCAAGAAUGGCUUCACUCCUUUGCACAUGGCUGUGGACAAGGAGACUACAAAUGUGGGCCGCUACCCAGUGGGAAGAUUCCCCUCCCUCCACGUGGUCAAAGUGUUGCUUGACUGUGGUGCUGACCCAGACAGCAGGGACUUUGACAACAACACCCCACUGCACAUAGCAGCCCAGAACAACUGCCCCGCAAUCAUGAACGCCCUGAUCGAAGCAGGGGCCCACAUGGAUGCCACCAAUGCCUUCAAGAAGAUGGCCUAUGAGCUGCUGGAUGAAAAGCUGCUGGCCAGGAGCACCAUGCAGCCCUUCAACUACGUCACCCUGCAGUGCCUUGCAGCCCGAGCCUUAGACAAGAAUAAGAUCCCCUACAAGGGCUUUAUCCCAGAAGAACUGGAGGCUUUCAUUGAACUGCACUGACCUGCCCAGAGUUUGCUUCCUUGGAGGAGUCUCAAUGGUGUGUGGCAGAUUCUUGUUUUUGCCUUCUCUAAACAGGCAGCAAAUCAGGAUAAGGGCUCUUCCCCCUCUUGUCCCCUUUGCCUGCAGGCAGAGGGGGAGGACUUAGUGAGCUGUUGGUGCUAGAAGCCUUCAUGAUCACGUGCUAGGAGGACUUUCUCCAGAGGCCCACCCUUCCAUCCUGAAUUGGGAAAAGAUGCAAGACCUUCCCUGUAUCCUGUCUACCUGGGUUUUAGCAGCCUUUGCCUUCUUACCUAGAGGCAGAAGGACAAAAGCCAUUGCCUUCCUUCCCUGAUAGAAAUGCAAGAAGAAGUUGAGAAUUGAUCUGCCCUCCCUUGCCUCUUAUGUGGCUGGAUAAAUCCAGCUGCCAAAUACAGUAUUAGCACUGGGAGCUCCCAAGGUCAAGAGUUUGAAAAUCAAAAUGCAAGACCACCUCUUAUUUCUUACAGCACGUUAAUGCCCUGCUCUUGCAUCACCACAGUCAUGGGUGUGCAGGCAGGGCUUUGCCCAGGGCAGCCUGCCUUUUGCAUAGCAUUCAUUUGGUUUGGUGUUCUGUUUAUUUAAUAAGCAGGGUUACAAGCAUUGCA